AUGAUCCUAGCAAUAGCUCCCACAGCGGUGGGCAGUCUAGACCAUCUUACGGAUAUUCGGGCUGCGGAUCCGACAAUAUCCCUUAAGGCAGCGUUGCUGAGUUUUGAAGAUAUCCUGACGGAGGAGCAAAAGAGACAGUAUCACGCCAAUACUACGAAACCAGAUGCUGCGAGCAUCAUUGCUUUCGUUGCAGACAUCGAUGCCAACAACAACAACAGUACGAACAGGAGCGUCGUGGAUACAUUUGUUAGCUCCAAUCCUACACUCGCCGCCCUAAUUUGGGGAGGCGUGAAGAUGGCCAUAUUGACGGCUAGCAAUGUCGCGUCUUACUUCGACAAGGUCACCAGCAUGAUCAUGGCAAUCGGAAAGUCGUGUCCGACGUAUCAGAAAUUUGGUCAACUCUAUCCCGGCUGCGUCGGGCUCCAACGCGCGUUAUGCGAUUACUAUGCCAUCAUUGUGAAGCUGUGCAUCAAGAUCAUUGAAGUCUCACAGCGGACUGCUAUUACACAAACAUUAACAGCCAUCUUUGUUCCCUUCAAGUCCGAGUUCAAAUCUUCGCUAAAUGAAGUAGACCAAGCCGCGAAGGAUAUACAGUUGCAAAUAUCACUUGCCUCAAAGCAGACUCUUGAGGAAGCAAGAAAGUUACUGGAGCACGAAAGCCAGGACAACACAGCAUUCCGGCGGUUGACGUUGAAGUUCCAAAAAGAGACCGAAAAGGAGCAUGCUGAAGCAAAACAGUUGCGAAUCAUUCAGAUGGAAAGAGAAGCUGCAAAGUUGAAAUCUAGCAUUAGAGAUAAUCUUUCGUCCGUCAACCAUGUUAAGCUAUGGAAGCAGGCUAUGCAACAACGUGUUCCCUCCACAGCCGAGUGGCUGCAGCAGGAAUCCCUUUUUCAUCAGUAG